CUGACAGACUUCUGCCUCCUACUUCUCUUUUUCUGUCCUUCUUGGCUUUGGUGGCUUCCUUGAAGUGGCUCAGUGGUGCCUGCAGCCUUACGGUUCCUGCUGUCUCCAGCUAUGAAUCACAGGAUCCUUCUACUAACAGCCUUGGCCUUAUGUCAUGGGUUCAACCUGGACACAGAAAAAGCAGUCAUCUUCCAAAACAACGCAAGGGGCUUCGGGCAGAGCGUGGUCCAGAUUCAGGGAUCCCGGCUGGUGGUUGGAGCCCCCCAGGAGGUAAAGGCUGCUAAUCAAACAGGCGGCCUCUACCAGUGUGACUACAGCUUGGGCAGGUGUGAGGCCAUUUCCCUGCGGGUUCCCCCGGAGGCUGUGAACAUGUCCCUGGGCUUGUCUCUUGCUUUUGCUGCCAACCCUUUCCGGCUGCUGGCCUGUGGCCCCACAGUGCACCAAAUUUGCAAGGAGAACGCCUAUGCAAAUGGCCUCUGCUUCUUGUUUGGAUCCAAUCUACGCCAGCAACCCAGGACGAUCCCCGAGGCUCUCAGAGGGUGCCCUCAGGAAGACAGUGACAUUGCCUUUUUGAUUGAUGGCUCUGGUAGCAUCUUCCCAGAAGACUUUGAUCGGAUGAAGAAAUUUGUCUCAACUGUGAUGAGUCAAUUCCAAAAGUCCAAAACCUUGUUCUCUCUGAUGCAGUACUCGAAUGACUUCCGGACUCACUUCACCUUCAAUGAUUUCAAGAGAAACUCUGACCCGAAAUUGCUGGUGGAGCCAAUAAGACAGCUGCAGGGGUGGACACACACAGCCACGGGGAUCCGCAAAGUGGUAAGAGAACUGUUUCACAGCAGCCGUGGAGCCCGGGAUCAUGCCCUUAAGAUCAUGAUUGUCAUCACAGAUGGGGAAAAAUAUCUCGAUCCUUUGGAGUAUAGGGAUGUCAUCCCUGAAGCUGAUAGAAAAGGGAUCAUUCGCUACGUCAUUGGGGUGGGAGAUGCUUUUAGGGGUGAGAACACUCAAAAGGAGCUCCAUACUAUUGCAUCUAAGCCAUCUGCUGACCACGUGUUCCGGGUGAAUAACUUCGAAGCUCUGAAGACCAUUCAGAACCAGCUUCAAGAAAAGAUCUUUGCAAUUGAGGGUACGCAGACAGGAAGUACCAGUUCCUUUGAAUAUGAGAUGUCUCAGGAAGGUUUCAGCGCUGCCUUCACCUCCGAUGGUCCCUUGCUGGGUGCUGUGGGGAGCUUUGAUUGGGCUGGUGGAGCCUUUCUGCAUACAUCAAAGGAUAAAAUCACUUUCAUCAAUACAACCAGGGUAGAUUCAGACAUGAAUGAUGCUUACUUGGGUUAUGCUGCCGAAGUCACCUUGCGGAACCGGGUGCAAAGCCUGUUUCUGGGAGCGCCUCGAUAUCAGCACGUUGGCCUGGUGGUGAUAUUCAGACAGAAUGCAGGUGUUUGGGAGAAAAACGCUGAAAUCAAAGGAAGCCAGAUCGGCUCCUACUUUGGGGCCUCCCUCCACUCCGUGGAUGUCAACAGAGAUGGCAGCUCUGACCUGAUCCUCAUCGGGGCCCCCCAUUUCUAUGAGCAGAUGCGAGGGGGCCAGGUGUCUGUGUGCCCCUUUCCCCGGGGGAGAGCUAAGUGGCAGUGUGAUGCUGUCCUGCGAGGGGAGCCGGGCCACCCCUGGAGCCGCUUUGGGGCAGCCCUGACAGCACUGGGGGAUGUGAAUGGGGACAGGCUGGCGGAUGUGGCCAUUGGGGCCCCAGGAGAGCAGGAGAACCAGGGUGCUGUCUACCUGUUCCACGGAACCUCAGAACUGGGCAUCAACCCCUCCCACAGCCAGCGGAUCACAGGCUCACAGAUCUCCCCCAAGCUUCAGUAUUUUGGGCAGUCACUGAGCGGGGGCCAGGACCUCACAAUGGAUGGACUGGUAGACUUGGCUGUCGGGGCUCAGGGGCAUGUGCUGCUGCUCAGGUCACAGCCUGUGCUGAAAGUUGAGGCGACGAUGGAGUUCACACCCAAGGAAGUGAAGAGGAAUGUGUAUGAGUGUCGUGACUUAGUGAUAAAAGACCGGAUUGCUGGGCAGGUCAAAGUCUGUCUCCAAGUUCGCAAGAGUACAUGGGAUCGGCUGGGAGAAGGAGAUACCCAGAGCACUAUCACCUAUGAACUGGCUCUGGACCCAGGUCGCCCCCAUUCCCAGGCCGUCUUUGAUGAGACAAAGAACAACACACGCAGACAUGUAGAGACGCUGAGGCUGCGUCAGAAAUGCGAGACCCUGACGAUCCGGUUACUGGACUGUGUGGAGGACUCAGUGACCCCCAUUGCUCUGCGCCUCAACUUCUCUCUUGUGGGGGAGCCCGCGCGCAAUUAUGGGGGCCUCAGGCCAGUGCUGGCUGUGGACGCUCUGAGACUCUUCACAGCCUCGCUUCCCUUUGAGAAGAACUGUGGCAAUGACACCGUCUGCCAGGAUGACCUCAGCAUCACCUUCAGUUUUCUGGACCUGGACACCCUGGUGGUGGGUGGUCCCCGGGACUUGAACGUGACGCUGACUGUGAGAAACCAGGGCGAGGACUCCUACAGAACUCAGGUCACCUUCUUCUAUCCAUCUGGCUUGUCCUACCGGAGGGUGUCAGCCGGCCAGAACCAGCGCUCACAUCGAUCCUGGCGCCUGGCCUGUGAGUCUGAUGUCUCCACUGAAGGGUCUGAAACCUUGAAGAGCACCACCUGCAGCAUAAACCACCCCAUUUUCCCAGACAACUCGGAGAUCACCUUUAAUGUCACAUUUGACGUGAACCCUGAUACUUACUUUGGAAACAAGCUACUUCUCAAGGCCAAUGUUACCAGUGAGAACAACAUGCCCGGGAACAACAAAACUCAAUUCCAGCUGGAGCUGCCUGUGAAAUACGCCGUGUACAUGGUGGUCACCAGCCUCGAGGCCUCCACCAAAUAUCUCAACUUCACAGCCUCAGAGAAGACCAGACACGUUAUGGAGCAUCAGUAUCAGUAUUCUUGCCUAGAGAAUCCCCAUGGACAGAGGAGCCUGGCAGGCUACAGUCCAUGGGGUUGCAAAGAGUCGGACACGAAUGAAGUGACUGAGCACACAUGUGUAUACACACACUUCAACAACCUGGGCCGGAAGAAACUGCCCAUCAGCGUGGUCUUUUGGAUUCCCAUCCAGCUGAACAAGGUGGCUGUGUGGUCCCAGCCCCAGGUCACCUUCUCCCAGAACGUAUCCGGUGGAUGUAACAUCACGGAGGUUGCCCCUCGUCACUCUGACUUCCUGGCAGAGCUUAAGAAGAGCCCAGUGCUGAACUGCUCUGUUGCUGUCUGCCAGAGAAUCCAGUGUGCGAUCCCAUCCUUUGGCGUCCAGGAGGAGUUCAAGGUCACCCUCAAGAGCAACCUCUCAUUUGACUGGUACAUCCAGACUUCACACAACCACCUUCAAGUUGUGAGCAAAGCGGAGAUCUUAUUUGAUGAGUCAGAGUUCACCCUGCUUCCAGGACAGGACGGGUUUGUGAUGGCCCAGACAGAGACCAAGGUGGAAUCCUACGAAGUACAUAACCCUGUCCCGCUGAUCGCGGGCAGCUCGGUAGGGGGGCUUGUGCUCCUGGCCCUCAUCUCUGCUGGCCUGUACAAGCUCGGCUUCUUCAAACGACAGUACAAGGACAUGAUGACUGAAGCUGGUCCUGAUGCGGCCGCCCCCCAGUAACAGCUCCUUCCCCACAAGUGGCCUCCUCCGCAGCAGUCAGGACAUGAUGGGACCAAAGAGCGGGUGCCCAGGUUGCUGGAUGGACACCUCUGUUAGGCAGUCGGGGCUGUGACAUUUCACUCAGGAGCAACCUGCUUGGGUUUCCAUUAUCAUCUGUGUGCACAGGCGUGUGUGUGUGUGUGUGUGCGCGUGAGUGUGUGUGUGUGUGUGUGCGUGAGUGUGAGUUGUGUGUGUGCCUCAGAUCUCCCUUGAACCAAGAUAAGUGCCUUCAGCACAAGGUCUGGGGCCAAAGGGAGUUGCUUGGGCUUCCUUGUGUGUGGGUGAAGAUGCCACUGGUCCUUCCUUGGGGGCAGAGGUGAUGGCAGCUCUUGUGGGUGAACACAAAGGCAAGGCCAACAAAUCCUCCCCUGCUCUCCCCGGAAGGAAGUAGGACCUACUUUGGUGGGUGAGCCUGCAGGCUGGCAGGAGCCCGAGCAGCUGGGGCUGAGCACCAGCAGGAGCCUGUUCGACCAUUCCACACUAGAGCUGAUGUGUUCAGUGCACAAUGGCGCACCUUUCUUCGUGUAUUCACUUAUUUAUUAUUUUAAUGGUACUUUUAUUUUUUGAAACAAUGAACCUGUCUGUAGUAUCAAAAUCAAAAGAUGUGCAAAGGUAUAUGAUGAAAAGUCUCUCCUUUCCAUUCUGGUCUCCCAGCCAUUCAGACCUCUUGUAAAGGGUAGUCCAGGUUAUGUAUUUGGAGGUCUUCACUAAGAUUCUUUUUUUCCUCUCGUCUUAUACAAUGAUUCUAGGGAUAUGCAAACACACACACACAAUUUUUUUUUACACAAAUGGCAGCAUGCAUUAUUUAUACUGUUCUGCAUCUUGCUUUUUUCAUGAAUAUGGCUCAGACAUUGUUUUUUUAUCAUGACAUAAAGUACUUUCUCAUUCUUUUAUAUAGUGGCUCUGUAUUCCACUGUGUGGGUGGAUCCUAAGCCCGUCUCCUUCUGGUAUAUUGUUUCCAACCUCACAGUGACAAAAAUGGUGAAUUAAUAAACUGAAUGUAUGUGG